GUGGCGGGUCAUCGCUUUGCCAUGUACCAUUUACUCAAAGGCUUUCAUGAAUAUCUUACGAGGAAGGAAGAGUUCUCGAUAAUUAUUGUUGGCUUGGAUGGGGCUGGCAAAACAACCCUUCUAGAGAAAAUAAAGACGCUAUAUAAUGACACUCCAGGUCUUGAUCCCUCUAAAAUAGGUCCAACGGUUGGCCAGAACAUGGGCAAGAUUUCCCUUCCUUCUACAGUUCUUCAAUUCUGGGAUCUGGGUGGUCAGCGAGGGAUUCGAUCUAUCUGGCACAGGUAUUAUGACGAUUGUCACGCUCUCGCCUAUGUUAUAGAUGCUCAGGACCGCGAGCGGCUCAGCGAAGGCUGGGAGGUAUUCGACUCCGUGCUCUCCGCUCCCCAAAUCCUUGGCAUUCCGCUUUUACUUCUUGCCAAUAAGCAAGACAGUCCAGACAGCCUAUCGGUGGAGGACAUACGGCAUGACUAUGAAGAGUGGCACCAGCGUCGCCUCGAGAGUUCGCGCAGGCGGUAUGGUGAAGAUGACGAUACCGAGCAACGUCGACAACGCAUCGCAAGUCUUAACGUCAUAGGCAUUUCGGCACUGGAAGGGCACGGAGUUCGAGCUGCGGUUGAUUGGCUAUUCAUUCGUGUCCAAAAUAGUAGAAGGGAAGGGAACGGACGGUAGAAGGCGUCUAGUAACCUUUCAGAUAUGCAUGCAAGUACAAUAAUCCCGCAUGUUAUCUGGAUUUUAUGUUUCAAUACACACGACACACUAAUUUAUGCGGUUUCUCCAUCACCGUCGUAUGUCUAAGAGUGCACCCUGCAACCUUAACCCCCAAGAUAGCUCUCAUCACUUACAACGCAG